AUGUCAAAAUUACCACAAAAGACUGAAUACUUAGAAGGAGUGGUGCUUCAUGUGUAUUCAAGAGAAAUGGUGGAAAAAUAUAAUCAAUGAAUGCAAAAUCCUGAGCUUUUGAGGCUGACGAGUUCUGAAGCUUUAUCGUUAGAAGAAGAAUAUGAAAAUCAAAGAUCAUGGCUUGUGGACCCAAAUAAGUAUACAUAUGUGCUGUGCGAUAAAGAGAGAUUUAAUUCAGAAAGACCAGAGGAAAGCAUGAUUGGAGAUAUUAAUUUGUUUAUAACUGAUGAAGGAGUUGCAGAAAUCAACAUAAUGAUUGCAGAAGAAACUUAUAGAAGAAGAGGGCUUGCAACUCAAGCUAUAAGCUUUAUGAUUGAAUUUGCAAGAAAUUUAGGAAUCAGGGAUUUAUAUGCGAAGAUCCUAGAAGAUAAUAUUGCAUCUGCAAGAGUAUUUCAAAAGCUUGGAUUUGUUGAAGUAAAUCGCAUUCCUGAUUUUGAAGAAAUUCAUUAUUGCUUUCAUCUUUAA